CCCGGGACUCCGAGCCAGAGCGCAGCAGCAAGCGUGACUCCGCCACCAGGCCCCUGGCUCUCUCCCCUGGCCCAGCCCACUCCGCUGCGCCAGCGCCGCGGGCAGUGAGUUUCGGGGACAGGGGAACCCGGGGCUCCCUCGCACCAACCCCAAGUCCUGCCCCCCUGGCAAUGAGGCUUUGCUAGGGCACCUCCACACUCCGGGUAUGAGGGGGGAGGAGGAAAGGACUGAGGGGUCCCCUCAUCGCCAGCUGGGAGCGGGCUGGGAGGCCGCCGGGAGGGCCUGAAAAAGGAGAAGGAGUUGCCGCGAGGUUUGGGGCGCGCGGUGAUAGCGGCUUGGAGCGCGUGAGAAAGACCCAGGUGGGGCCCGCUGGGCCGAAGGAGGUAACCCGGAGCCCGGCCUUUGCCAGCCCCGGGGCUCGGGGCGGGAGAGAUCAUGGCCCGCCUCUUCAGCCCCCGGCCGCCCCCCAGCGAAGACCUCUUCUACGAGACCUACUACAGCCUGAGCCAGCAGUACCCGUUGCUGCUGCUGCUGCUGGGGAUCAUGCUCUGCGCGCUCGCGGCGCUGCUCGCCGUGGCCUGGGCCAGCGGCAGGGAGCUGGCCUCAGAUCCGAGCUUCCUGACCACUGUGCUGUGCGCGCUGGGCGGCUUCUCGCUGCUGCUGGGCCUCGCUUCCCGCGAGCAGCGGCUGCAGCGCUGGACGCGACCCCUGUCGGGCUUGGUGUGGGCCGCGCUGCUAGCGCUAGGCCACGCCUUCCUGUUCACCGGGGGCGUGGUGAGCGCCUGGGACCAGGUGUCCUAUUUUCUCUUCGUCAUCUUCACGGUGUAUGCCAUGCUGCCCUUGGGCAUGCGAGACGCCACCGUCGCGGGCCUCGCCUCCUCACUCUCGCAUCUGCUGGUCCUCGGGCUGUAUCUUGGGCCACAGCCGGACUCACGGCCCGCGCUGCUGCCGCAGUUGGCGGCAAACGCGGUGCUGUUUCUGUGCGGGAACGUGCUGGGAGUGUACCAUAAGGCGCUGAUGGAGCGCGCCCUGCGGGCCACGUUCCGGGAGGCACUCAGCUCCCUGCACUCGCGGCGGAGGCUGGACACCGAGAAGAAGCACCAGGAACACCUUCUUUUGUCCAUCCUUCCUGCCUACCUGGCACGAGAGAUGAAGGCAGAGAUCAUGGCACGGCUGCAGGCAGGUCAGGGGUCACGGCCAGAGAGCACCAACAAUUUCCACAGCCUCUAUGUCAAGAGGCACCAGGGAGUCAGCGUGCUGUAUGCUGACAUCGUGGGCUUCACACGGCUGGCCAGCGAGUGUUCCCCUAAGGAGCUGGUGCUCAUGCUCAAUGAGCUCUUUGGCAAAUUCGACCAGAUUGCCAAGGAGCAUGAAUGCAUGCGGAUCAAGAUCCUGGGGGACUGUUACUACUGUGUCUCCGGGCUGCCACUCUCACUGCCAGACCAUGCCAUCAACUGCGUGCGCAUGGGGUUGGACAUGUGCCGGGCCAUCAGGAAACUUCGGGCAGCUACCGGCGUGGACAUCAACAUGCGUGUGGGUGUGCACUCAGGCAGCGUACUCUGCGGAGUCAUCGGGCUGCAGAAGUGGCAGUAUGAUGUUUGGUCCCAUGAUGUCACACUGGCUAACCACAUGGAGGCAGGCGGUGUACCAGGGCGAGUGCACAUCACAGGGGCUACCCUGGCCCUGUUGGCAGGGGCUUAUGCUGUGGAGGACGCAGGCAUGGAACAUCGGGACCCCUACCUUCGGGAGCUAGGGGAGCCUACCUACCUGGUCAUUGAUCCGCGGGCAGAGGAGGAGGAUGAGAAGGGCACUGCACGGGGCUUGCUGUCUUCGCUCGAGGGCCCCAAGAUGCGUCCAUCACUGCUGAUGACCCGCUACCUGGAGUCCUGGGGCGCAGCCAAGCCUUUUGCCCACCUGAGCCACGUCGACAGCCCGGUGUCCACCUCCACCCCUCUCCCGGAGAAGGCCCUGGCUUCCUUUAGCCCCCAGUGGAGCCUGGAUCGGAGCCGUACUCCCCGGGGACUAGAUGAUGAACUGGACACCGGGGAUGCCAAGUUCUUCCAGGUCAUUGAGCAGCUCAACUCGCAGAAACAGUGGAAGCAGUCAAAGGACUUCAACCCACUGACACUGUACUUCAGAGAGAAGGAGAUGGAGAAAGAGUACCGACUCUCUGCACUCCCCGCCUUCAAAUACUAUGAAGCCUGCACCUUCCUGGUUUUUCUCUCCAACUUCAUCAUCCAGAUGCUAGUGACCAACAGGCCCCCAGCUCUGGCCAUCACCUAUAGCAUCACCUUCCUCCUCUUCCUCCUCCUCCUUUUUGUCUGCUUCUCAGAGGACCUGAUGAGGUGUGUCCUGAAAGGUCCCAAGAUGCUGCACUGGCUGCCUGCACUGUCUGGCCUUGUGGCCACAAGACCGGGACUGAGAAUAGCCUUGGGCACCGCCACCAUCCUCCUUGUCUUUGGCACGGCCAUUAGCAGCCUGUUCUUCUUCCCAGCAUCAUCAGACUGCCCUUUCCAAGCUCUCAAUGUGUCCUUCACGACUUCCAACCUCUCCUGGGAGCUCCCUGGGUCUCUGCCUCUCAUCAGUGUCCCAUACUCCAUGCACUGCUGCGUGCUGGGCUUCCUCUCCUGCUCCCUCUUUCUGCACAUGAGCUUCGAGCUGAAGCUGCUGCUGCUCCUGCUGUGGCUGGUGGCCUCCUGCUCCCUCUUCCUGCACUCCCAUGCCUGGCUGUCCGACUGCCUCAUCACCUGCCUCUAUCUGGGCCCCUUGGACUCCAGGCCAGGAGUGCUGAAGGAGCCCAAACUGAUGGGUGCUAUCUCCUUCUUCAUCUUCUUCUUCACCCUCCUUGUCCUGGCUCGCCAGGCAUCUAGGAGUUGGGGCUUAACACGCAGGAGCUGGGCCUCCCCUGCUCUGUGUCUCCCCAUGGCCCCUGGCGACCCUCCCCAGAAUGAGUACUACUGCCGCCUGGACUUCCUGUGGAAGAAGAAGCUGAGGCAGGAGCGGGAGGAGACAGAGACAAUGGAGAACCUGACUCGGCUGCUCUUGGAGAAUGUGCUCCCUGCACACGUGGCCCCCCAGUUCAUUGGCCAGAACCGGCGCAACGAGGAUCUCUACCACCAGUCCUACGAAUGUGUUUGUGUCCUCUUCGCCUCAGUCCCGGACUUCAAGGAGUUCUACUCUGAAUCUGACAUCAAUCAUGAGGGCCUAGAGUGUCUGAGGCUGCUCAAUGAGAUAAUUGCUGAUUUUGAUGAGCUGCUCUCCAAACCCAAGUUCAGUGGGGUGGAGAAGAUCAAAACCAUCGGCAGCACCUACAUGGCAGCCACAGGCUUAAAUGCCACCUCUGGACAGGAUGCACAACAGGAUGCUGAGCGGAGCUGCAGCCACCUUGGCACUAUGGUAGAGUUUGCCGUGGCCCUGGGGUCUAAGCUGGAUGUCAUCAACAAGCACUCAUUCAACAACUUCCGCCUGCGUGUGGGGUUGAACCAUGGGCCAGUAGUAGCCGGAGUGAUUGGGGCCCAGAAGCCACAAUAUGACAUUUGGGGCAACACAGUGAAUGUGGCCAGCCGCAUGGAGAGCACAGGAGUCCUUGGCAAAAUCCAAGUGACUGAGGAGACAGCCUGGGCCCUACAGUCCCUGGGCUACACCUGCUACAGCCGGGGUGUCAUCAAGGUGAAAGGCAAAGGGCAGCUCUGCACCUAUUUUCUGAAUACAGACUUGACACGAACUGGACCUCCUUCAGCCACCCUAGGCUGAGACCCCAUUCCCCCUCUAAGAACCUCAAUAAAGAGAAGACUCUGGGAUGUCUGGA